UCUUUAGCCCUUCUCUAGUUCUCUCUCUCUCCGACUUCCCUCCUCUCCUACUCAAAACAUUUUCCUUCUAAAGUCUUUUGUUGUCAUUUGAAAACCUUGUAACCUAGUGGAACGGAUUUGUCUUUCUUUCUUCCAAAUAGGAAACAAACCUCUUUUUUCCAAACAUCAACAAACCAGAAGCAACUGUGGUGGUGGUGGUGGUAAAGAGAGGGGGAAAAAGAAGAAGAAGAAGAAGAUACAGAGAGAAACAGAGUUGGUUCUGAUCAAGAAACACCAAAGGGGGGGGUGUGGGGGUGGGUAUUUUGGCCAAGUAAUGCGAACAGGGGCUCUUACAGUGCACCAGACCCUCACUUCAGAGGCUGCUUCAAUACUGAAGCACUCUCUCACGCUAGCCAGAAGGAGAGGCCAUUCUCAGGUCACUCCACUCCAUGUAGCCACCACUCUUCUCAGCUCCAGAGCAAGUCUUGACCUCAAAAGGGCUUGUCUCAAAUCCCAAUUACCCCCUCACCACCACCAAACCUCAGUCCCUCUCCAUUGCAGAGCUCUUGAGCUCUGCUUCAAUGUGGCUCUCAACAGGCUCCCAACAACUCCUUCCCCUCUCCUCCAUUCCCAACAGCCUUCUCUCUCUAAUGCUCUCAUUGCUGCUCUGAAAAGAGCACAAGCUCAUCAGAGAAGGGGCUGCAUUGAAAACCAGCAAAACCAGCAGCAACCCCUUUUGGCCAUUAAAGUGGAAUUAGAGCAGCUCAUUUUGUCUAUCUUAGAUGACCCUAGUGUUAGUAGGGUUAUGAGGGAAGCUGGGUUCUCUAGCACAGCUGUGAAAAGCAAUUUAGAGGACUCAGUUUUCCACUCAGUUUGUGGUGGUGGUGCUGGGGUUUAUUCUACUCCUUCUUCCCCUUCUCCACCUGAAAUUAGCCAUAGAGAAAUCAGUAACUUUUGGCAAACCCAUUUCUUGAAUUUCAAUCCUGAGCAAAACCCACUUUUCUUUUCCCCUCAAAAGAAGCUCUUCUUUGCGGAAUCUGUAAAAGAAGAAGAUAUCAAGUUGGUUUUGGAGGUGUUGUGUAGGAAGAAUAAGAAGAGGAAUACUGUCAUAGUUGGGGACUCUUUGUCCAUAACUGAAGCUGUUGUUGAAGAAUUAAUGGUAAGGGUGGAGAAGGGAGAUGUUCCUGGUGAACUGAAAUCAGCACAUUUCAUCAAAUUUCAGUUCACGUCAGCUCCCCUGAGGUUGAUGAAAAGAGAGGAAGUGGAGCAGAACAUUUCAGACCUGAAAAGGAAGGUGGAUGGUCUCACAUCUGGAGGAGAGAGAGUCAUUAUCUAUACAGGUGACUUGAAAUGGACAGUUGAGACAAGAGUUAAUAGUGAUAUCGGGAGAGGAGAUAUUAGUGGGUAUGAUCCAGUUGAUCAUCUAGUUGCAGGUAUAGGAAGGUUGGUUUCUGAAUAUAGCAAUUUAAACAGCAGGGUUUGGUUAAUGGGAACUGCAAAUUACGAAACCUACAUAAAGUGCCAGAUGAAGCAGCCUUCUCUUGAAAUUCAAUGGUCUCUUCAAGCUGUUUCUGUUCCAUCUGGUGGGCUUGGUUUGAGUCUUCAUGCUACUAGUGGGCAUGAGUCAAGGCUACCCUUCUCAGAUAUCCAAUCUCAAGUGCUGGAAACAAAGCCUUCUUUCACUGGAAAAGAGGAACUAGAAAAGCUCAGAUGCUGUGCAGAAUGCACCUCCAAAUUUGAAACAGAAGCUUCACUGUACAAAAGCUCUUGCAACACUAAGGACAUGGACAAGGGUUCAACCCAAUUGCCCCACUGGCUACAAUCACAAGGCACAAAAGAGCAUCAAAAGCCUUCCGAUACUGUUAAACCCAACAUACCAGUGGAGGAUGAUUUGGUUGAGUUGAGGAGAAAAUGGAACAGAAUGUGCCACAGCCAGCAUCAAGGCAGGAAUCUUCAGAACAAUGCAAGCUCUUUUUUACUCGGAAAUCAAAGCUUAAGCGGAAAGAACUAUUACACCUAUGCAGCAUCACAUACAUGGUCCCCUAAUCUAAACAGCAAAUUUCCAGACUCGAAUUCGAUCUCUUUUGCCCACUCAACCUCAAAGCCUAUCCCAACCGCAACACCUCUGGCUCGGUUCAGACGCCAACAAUCAUGUCACAUAGAAUUCAGUUUCAGUAAUGGGGAUUAUCAGAAGCACCCGUCUCUGGAGCCAAACUUGGAUUCUCUUAAGAAAACUGAAGGAAAGGAAGUGAAAAUCACGCUUGCUCUCGGAAAUUCCCAAUUGGCUAAUACUGAUAAAUUGGUGGAAAGGAGAAGCAAAAUAUGUAAGAAGCUGCAAGAAAAUGUGCCCUGGCAAUCCGAAAUAAUUCCUUCGAUGGUAGAAGCUUUGAUCGAAUCCAAACCUGGUAAGAGAGGGAUUUGGUUAAUGAUUGAGGGGAAUGAUUGGAUAGGAAAGAGAAGAUUGGCACGAGUGAUUGCAGAAUCAGUUUUAGGGUCAACUGAUUUUCUUUUCCAAAUGAACAUGGGAGAAGAAACAGAAGGUAAGGUGAGACUUGAAAGAGCCUUGAAUGAUCGUAAAAAACUUCUUGUUUUGGUGGAAAAUGUUGAUUUGGCCGAUACCCAAUUCAUGAAAUUUCUUGGUGAUGGAUUUGAAACUGGAAAAUUUGGAGAAUCAAGGGAAAAGGGGGCAGAUGAUGGUGAAGCAAUAUUCAUCCUAACAAAGGGUGAAUUUGGAAAAGACCUGCAUUCUGUUAUCCCAAUGAAACUGGAAGUCAGUGGAAAACUUCCAAAUUCUGAUAACAAGAGGAAAGCUGGGUGGGAUUUCCCAGACAAGGCCAAGAGUCCGAGAAUCGACGGUAAAGAAAAUGAGAAAACCGAAAAAGAGUUCACAAGGCAGUUGAGCUCCAACAAACUUGAUCUGAACAUGAAAGCUGAAGAUGAGGACAACGAAAAUGAAGCCAAAACCGGAUAUGUCAGCCCCAUUUCGAGUGAUUUAAGUCAUGAAUCUAAAAACCCACAUGGGUUCCUCGAAGUGAUCAAGAACAGGUACAUUUGGAACUGGGAUUCGGCCCGCGAGAGCCAGGUGAAAGAGAUGACCUUGUCCAAGAUCAGAGGGUGCUUUGAAGAAGUGAAUGAGAGUGAAGGGCUGAAUUGUCAAUUUGAUGUAGAAGAGAGGGUGAUAGAGGAGGUUUUAGUUGGGUUUGGGUCUUUUCUCGAGAACCUGUUUGAAAAAUGGUUGAAAGAAGUUUUCCGAAGUAACUUGCAAACGGUCAAAAUUGGCGGGAAGGAGGAGGGCAAGAAGAGUGUUAGGCUGUGUUUGGGGGAAGGGAAUGAAGAGAGUAGUGGGUUUAUGGGUUCAAGUCUCCCCAUGAAAAUCCAAGUCUCCUUUGUGGGUUGAGAGGUCCCUUUGUAAAUGGAAAAUGACCUCAAUGUACUUGAGUUACUGCUUAAAAGUUUUUAAUAGAAUGUUUCUGUUCUUUUUUCUUUC